UGUCUGCUCUCUUCUCUGUCGCCAAAUCCCAAUCUCUCGCUUCUCUCAUUUCUCUCUCUUUCUCUACCUUCCUCAACAUCCUCCCCCAACCCCUUCUUUAACCUUAAAUCCAAAUCUCGCAAACUCCUUCUUCGCUCACCGGCGGCGAAAUAUCUAGUACCUUCGGCCGGCGAUUCCAUUAGAUUCCGUCAACCACCGUCGUCUCGAUCCGAUCUCAUCGGUUACUACAUAUCUGCCCCGGCCUCCCCCAACCCUUUCUUCUCUCUCUCUCUCUCUCUGUUAAAUCGUCGUCGUCUUUGGAGUCUUGUCUCUUCCAUUUCCCCUUUGUACUUUUUUAAGGAUAUAUCAUCUUUUUUUUUCCUUCAUUGAAGGUGUUUUUACAGUUUUAACCUUGGGGUCCUUAAUGACAUUCACUUUUUACAGUAACCGAGAGGGGACCACAAUUUAUCUCUUUUCGUUUGGGCAGUUUCCUUUGUGGGGUUAAAAUUAGAGUUGUUUGACGCUUUUGCUGAGGUGUCAUGAUUUCGACAGAGCGCUCGAUUGCAAUGACGAACCAGCCCCGUCGGGUUUUGACGCCCGGGGCGUCACGGAAACGGAAGGAGAGAGAAGUUCUUCACAAACUCAAACCGUCAACCACCAACAAGGCUGACCCGGCUCAGGAUCUAGCUCCGGCUCCGGAUCCGGCUUCUUCUUCGUCUAAUCGGCUCUUAGCUGGCUACCUGGCCCAUGAGUUCCUGACACAGGGAACUCUAUUCGGCCAGAAGUGGGACCCAGCUCCGGCAAAGGCUGCGCCGGUGGAGGUUGCAAAAAAUAAGGCGGUCUAUAUUGAAGGGGCAGAGCAGUCUCCGGCGGCGGCGCAUCAGAGGUAUGCUGCGGUGGCGAAACUGAUGAAGGUGGAUGGGACCCACAUAGCGGGUAUUGUCAACCCGACCCAACUAGCACGGUGGAUACAAAUGUGAGAAAGGUUGUGACUUGUGACGCUGAGGGAGUGCGUGGCGGAUUAAUAUUGGUGGAGUGGUUGAUCUUUGCUCCACGUACGAAAGCUUCUCGCGAGUUUCGCGCAUGCACUUCUCUCACUUCUCAGAGAAGGCGAAAGGUGAGUGACCAAAGAUGAAGGCAAGAGAGACAGAGAUAGAGUCUGAGCAUCUCUGUUUCUCUCUCUAUUUCUGGUUUCUUUUUCUUUCAUUUUUCAGUUUUGAUUAUCUUAUCUGGGCCGUUUUAGUUGUUUGUUGUGUAAAAAUGUACAUGGAGGAAAUAUUUUAGGCGAUGGAAGAGAUCGUCUGAUAAGAUGGUAGAUAGAUAGAUAUCUAAGAUAGAUCCAGGUGAUAUUCAAAACUUUA